UCACGGCGCCACUUUCCGGCCGGUGGCAGGGUCCGGAGAAGUUGUGGUGGCUGGGGGCGCCAUGGGAGCCACUGGCGACGCCGAGCAGCCGCGGGGACCCAGCGGGACCGAGCGGGGCGGCUUGGAGCUGGAGGAUGCGGGCGCAGCGGGGCAGCUGGUUCUCACGAACCCUUGGAACAUAAUGAUAAAGCACCGGCAGGUGCAGCGGAGGGGCCGCCGCUCACAGAUGACAACAAGUUUCACAGAUCCUGCCAUCUCUAUGGAUCUCCUCCGAGCUGUCCUGCAGCCUAGCAUCAAUGAGGAGAUCCAGACUGUCUUCAACAAGUACAUGAAGAAUGAAAUGACUUAAAUGUACUCUGCUGCGCACUGCACUUGGGACAUAACAAGUGUCCAGUAAGUACUUUUAUUAGUUGUUUAAUAAUAUCACCAUUAUUGGGGCCAUGCAUAGGGGCUCACACCUGCAACCCCAGCACUUUGGGAGGCUGAG